AUGGCACCGGAGAUGAAUGGAAGACCCAAAUCCACAAGUGUGAAUAUACCUGCCCAGGCUGUCAAAAAUUUGACAGUCGAAGAAAUGUACAAUAAAGAAAAAUAUGAUCUGUCGACGAUGAAAGAAGGUGACGUUUUUAAAAUGCUAGACACAAAAAAAGACGGUCUAAAUGAUGAUCAGAUCAAAGAACGUCUUGAAAAAUUCGGACACAAUCGCUUAGACGAGAAAACUCAAAAUCCUAUCAUUCAGUUUCUUUUAUUCAUGUGGAAUCCACUUUCAUGGGUCAUGGAAGCAGCUGCCAUCGUUGCCAUCGCUGUAUCGAAUGGCGGCGGUCGAGCACCAGAUUGGGAAGAUUUCGUCGGAAUAAUACUACUUCUUCUGGCCAACUCGAUCAUUGGAUUUAUUGAACAGCGUAAUGCGGGUAGUGCAGUGAAAUCCUUGAUGAAAUCUUUAGCACCAGAAGCAAAAGUCAAACGGAAUGGUCAGUGGAAAGUUAUUGACGCUGCUGAGCUCGUUCCGGGAGAUAUUAUUGGCAUUAAACUAGGUGAUGUGAUACCAGCUGACGGUCGACUGAUUGUCGAACAAGGCGAUAUUUCAAUAGAUCAAGCAGCGUUGACCGGAGAAUCACUUCCUGUAGAUAAAAAACAUGGUGAUGAAAUUUUUUCUGGUUCAAUCUGUAAACAAGGCGAAGGAGAAGCAGUGGUUAUUGGCACGGGUGUCAACACAUUCUUCGGUCGAGCAGCGAAAUUAGUAGGUAAUGCCAAUGACGAAAUUGGCCAUCUACAAACAAUUCUGGCUAAAAUUGGUAACUUCUGUAUUGCUGCAAUCGGAAUCUUUAUCAUUGCUGAAAUCUUUGUGAUGUAUGCUGGUUUUCACUACAGCUAUCGGCGUGGCAUUAACAACAUCCUCGUACUACUGAUUGGUGGCAUUCCCAUUGCCAUGCCAACAGUUUUAUCGGUUACAUUAGCUAUUGGUGCUAGACAAUUGUCUGAGCAUAAAGCGAUUGUUACGCAUGUCACAGCAAUUGAAGAACUGGCUGCUGUGACCAUCCUCUGUUCGGAUAAAACUGGAACCUUAACUUUGAAUAAACUUGUUGUGGAUAAAGAUACAAUAAAAAAAUAUGCAGAUAUUGAAAGUGGUGAGAUCAUUCGUUAUGCAGCUAUUGCCUCUCGAUUAGAACAUCCAGAUGCGAUUGAUGCGUGCAUUAUCUCAACAUAUGGUGAUAAAGAUAAAGUUCGUGAUGGUAUUCAAGAGUUGGACUUCAAACCAUUUAAUCCAACUAUUAAACGAACAGAGAUCACCUAUAAAGAAACGAAGGAUGGAAGUGUACAUCGAAUUAGCAAAGGUAUGUCACAUACAAUUCUUGAUUUAUGUACACGGGACAAAACGGAUCAACAAAUCAAACAAUUAAACGCUGAUGUUGAUGAAUUCGCCGGCCGUGGUUUACGAGCAUUGGCAGUAGCCAUUGAAGAUGUUCCUAGUGGAGAAAAAGAUGGAAAAGGAAAUGGAUUCAAAUUAAUCGGUCUGUUACCUAUCUAUGAUCCACCACGUGAAGAUACCAAAGAAACUAUUCAACGCGCGUUAGAACUUGGCAAGUAUCUUUUCUAUAUUCUAGUGCCUAUUUUCAUAACUUGA